AUGGCUACCAUCGCUCAGAAUAUUUCUCUCGUGCCAGGGAUUGAGCUUUCACCUCGGGAAGCCAACAGGUACAAGAACAUUUUUGCCGUCCAAGUUCCCAUGUGUGAAGUUUUCAGAGCCGUACUAAAGUGGGAAUGCAGCGACAAGCAGCAAGGGCAGACUUAUGCAGACUACUUUGAAGAAAAAUUGGAGCUCUAUGAAUCUAAACAUGAAUAUUUGAAGAACCUGCUUGGAGUCAAGUUUAAGACGCCUAAAGUUACACUUAAAGCUAAGGAAAUAAAUAUGCUUCGGGAAGACUCAUCAAAAUAUGAUGUAACUCUCAUGUUUUCAUUUUUGUGCGAGAUCUUCAAAUCCAAAGAAACAUACACAAACGCUCUCCAGGUGAGAGUUCCUAACCAACUAGAAUGUCUGCUAACAACUGCCAAAAAACACAGGAAUGAUGUCGUGCAUCAAGAGGACACUGCUGUGGACCCUAAUAAAUUUGAUGAAAUUGUCGAAGCUUUGCGUGAUGUGAUAGAUGAAGCUGGCAACGUGUACAGCAUCCCUGCUGAUGAAGUAACGAGAGUCAAAACCCAGAUAGAUGGGAUGUGGGAUGAAGUGCGCACAGAUAAUGAAAAAGCUAAGGCUUAUUGUCGUUUCUUUCUGCAAACUUAUGGAAACAAAGAAGCUAAAGUCAUGUGGGAAGCGAUGUUGUCUGAAGAAACUCUGCUCUUUGGCGAUGACAAAGUUGAACGCUCGAAAGUUUUCCAUUCCCUGGAAUUGACACUACAGAAACCUAAAGAUCAACCCGAAGACAAGAUCUCCUACACCGAACUCCUAACUGGGAACGAUAAGUUCAUUGUAGUCAUUGGCGAGUCCGGGUCUGGGAAAUCCACUUUGGCCAAGAACUUGGUGAUACAGCACCAUGGUAUCUCAGAUGCAGAGGUAGAAAUGCUCAAUCUGGAGAAUCACAAUUUGUUACUUUACUAUGAAUGCAGGGAUGUUUCUACAAAAGAAUUUGCUGAUGUAGUAGAAGAAAACUUUGAGAAAGUGUGCCAGAAACUCGGCCCUAAAACUGUUAUCCAAGGAAUCACCGAGUCUAACCCUUUGAUUCUCAUUGAUGGUUUUGAUGAAUGUAAUAAAGACUCGUAUAAGGUUGUGCAACAGAUGGUGAACAAAAUGAGGAACCAUGAGUGUCGUGUGAUCAUCACCACCAGGCCAAGUGCUGCUGAUGAGCUCAUGGACUUUCUGAAGCGAGAAGGCGUGAAGUUCCAAGAAUAUGAGAUAUCGGAAAUUUGUGAUUUAGAUGACCAACUAAGGUUUUUGGAAAAGUAUGAAAAACAUGUCACUCCACAUGCUGAGAAAGUUGGAAAGAGCUUCAGCGCUCUUGGACGGCACUCAGAAGUGAUCACGAAUGUGUUCAUGGAGCUGAGUGCUGCUGAGGAUCGCACUGUCUUCUUGAAUAACUGGCAGCUCCUGCGUGAUGCAGUUGGAGACGUUGACAAGCGUUUCUGGGAGACAAUUGUACGGAACUGCCCUAAUUCGCAACACAUUGCGGCAGCGAUUGCUGAAGUCUACUUCGAUACAGCAAAUAAUCCGGAAAGCAGAUAUUUCGAGCAGGACAUGGUAAAGAUUAGUAGGAAGCAGGUCAUAGUAAAGAUUAGUACGAUGCUCAACGCCGACUUCCGUAAACCCAACUCGUGUGAACGUGUGCUUGCUUACUCGACUGCUCGCUAUCAUAAGAGGUUUGCACACGCAGGCAAUGUUGAUGUCAUUGCGCCGCUGCUGCCUCACCAUCAGCCCGCCACCCUCGGAGUCGGGCUCCUUGAUAACCCAGCGCCCGAGUCGUGGCGCCAGGUGGCCAGAACAUUCACAAACAAAUUGGAUUUGUUACUCCUAGAUAACCUCGAGUGUUUUACACCAAGUGACCACGUGGUUGAAGCUUUGAGCUCUUCAAGGUUUCCGAGGCUGGAGCUGUGUGACUGCGCAUUGACUGAAGCGCAGCUGCAGGAGACGCUAGCAGAACUGCAGCGGGCGGGGCUCAGGACGCUCUUCCGGGACCGGCAGAUCCAUGCGGGGCCCAGUCGAGCGCUGAAAAUUCGAGAGAACACAGAGACGAAGGAUUGCUUGCUAAUUCUCACCGAUGAGCCGCCGCUUCCUCCCCAGUCAGAACCCAGCAGGUCCGCCUCAUCAAAAAAUUUCAUGUCGCCUGCUAGUCUCCCCGGAGCCUCUGCCGUCGGUGAGGAUGACGCUCGUCCGUUGGCCUCAUCAUGCGGGGACCUGGACGCCGUGUACAGGAGUCUGUACGCCCUGAACGUUGUGUUGCCUCCCGCGUUGCGAUUUGUACUGGAGAAAGUGUGCGCAGACAAGCCUUCGCAGGACACUUUAAUGAAAUAUCUGCUGUCGAACAAGUUUCGUGGAUUUAACAAACCGAUAAAUUAUGAUGUUCCAUUCCCACCAGUGCAGGAGGCUCUGGAAAAAUAUAAUUGCGAGGAGAUUGAUUCACGUCCAUUCGAUGCUCUGACUCUAAUUCAGAUUGUUUCCGAAUUUCUCACAGCGGGGUCACUGAAGUUGAUUUCGGGUGAACCGGUAGACUAUGAGAACUUGAUGCUUCUUAUGGAAGAAGUGCAGGAGCUCAGAACUGCGGUGUCCGUAAACCAGUGCGAUGAUCCUUCAAAACUCACUGGGAUGCCCGACAGGAUCACUGAGAUCGCAAACGAGUUGAUAGGCGAGGCCGCUCAGCAGCACCGCGUGCCGGAUGCUGAGGCGGAGCGGGUGAAGGAAGCUUGCCAGGCGCUCUGGGAUAAAUACUCUGCUCUGCGCGUCGAUGAUGACGCCUUUGUAGUCUAUCGCUUUGUAGAAGAGAACAGAGAAAGGAUUGCCUACCUGGAAUUAAAAAAUAUAUUUGAUGGACGGUACAUCUGUAUUUACGAAUCUCCAAGUCAUAGGCUCAAUCAGCCUUAUGGGCUGAUCUGCAAUCAGCCCAUGCAUAUGAGCUUAAAGCUGAUCGUGCCUAGAGUAGGACAUCACUCUCCAUUUAAUGCUCACAUUUUGGAACUAAUCUAUGGUAAGACGCAUGGUUUCUUCCUCCAUUUCAAGUGCCAUGACACAGAAUCCAGCAGUUUUUCUGAUGUAAUCAAGAAAACAUUUCCUACAGCCUGUAGCCAAAUUGGAGUGCGCAACGUUGAAUAUGUUUUGAUGAGUCAAUGUCCUGUAAUUUUCAUCGAGGGCUACGAUGAAGCCAACGCCACGUCCAGCGUUGUCGUCGAAGAAAUUAUCUACAAAUUUCGUAAAAUCCCAUGCAAGUUCGUCAUAACUACACUUCCGGAAGUUGCUUCCUCUCAACGCAAUAUCCUUGCAAAUGAAUCUACAGGCAUCAUAAAAUCACUGAUUUUACCUCAUGAGUUGAAAGUGUCUAACUCCCCACGACGUACUAGGCCCGGGAAGCUUUUACCUCACAGGGGCCGAAUUUCGGGGGCCCCCUUGAAAAUUCUGAAAAAAAUCUAAUCUUGAGUCUCGCCUUGAGGCCAAGUCAGACGGCGAGCUUGUGUUUGGGGCCUUAUUUGGUCAAACCCCUAAUUUUCGGCUAGCGUCUUUUGCUUAUAUCCCGGAUCGUGCAUAACGCCCAGAAACUUCAACAUGAAAAUCCGGCGCUGCUGUUUUCGGACAAAGUUAUUGUUCGAUUUUUCUGCAAUUUGGUAUGCCACUCGAGAACACUUGCGUGCAUUCAAAAAAAUUUUGAGAAAAGUCGAACCGUGAUUUCAAAAAUUAUACCUGAAAAAACUAGUUUUUAACCUUUAGCUCUCCAACCUCGUGGUCUACUGCCCUAAAUUGUAUUUAAGCUAAUUGGGCCUGGGCCAACAUUUUCGUCACGGCUAAUUUUUUUUUGUAGGAAUCGUAUGUUGAAAGUUGUAAAAAUGCACUUGAGAAAAAGUUUAAUAACUAUUUCCAUGACGGUUAAAUUUUAUGGCUCAUGUCGAGUGAAAUUAUUCUGUGGGGUCUCGUGCAUGUAAAAAACAUUUUGAUGAAAUUCGAGCCGUAGGUUUUGUCAAAUCCCCUCAAGUUGUCGAAAAAUUGCGAAAAAAACGCGAAAAAGUGGCCCAAUUGGAGGAUCCGGUGAAACAAUCAUAAGGUCUAGAGGUCUCUUUUUAAUUCAAAUUUGUAACCAAGAACUUAAGUUAUAAUCCCAUUCUAACUUCAAUCCACUGUCCCUGAAACUUUUUGAGUUAUAAGUAAAAAACAUUAUUAUUAUUAUUAUUUUAGGCGUCUCGGAAAUUAAAAUCUCGCUAAUCAAGAUAUGGGUUUAAACAGCUCAUCUGAUAGAUCUCAAUAAGAUCUUUCAGUCCGUGUAAAAAUUUUCAACCGACGCAAUUUUUACCCGUUGUUUUACCAUGAAAUUUUUUGAUAAAGCGACGAUAAAAUCCAAACGGUUGUGGAUAGAGGAACAAGUCACUCAGAAUAAACUAGUAAAUCGAAAAAGUAUUGGAAUCCGUUGUGGGCCUUUUUUCUUUAAAACGUCUCAACAUUAGUGAUAUUUUUUUAUUUAAAACGUCUCAUUUCGGUUCCAG